AUGGAUCCCACAUUCUCACUGGGAGACAAAGAUGAGGUCCGUGUGAAGGAUGCGGGGCGUGUGAGGAUGUGUGAGCGUCUGCUGUGGGACGAGCCGCUGCAGAUCUCCUGGCUGAUGGAGGCCGAGCCGUUCACCUCCUCCCUGCAGUCGGCGGGUCCUGUGGCCGGCGUGACCCUGGAGCAGAAGACCACCUUCGCCUUCGUCAUCCUCCUCUUCGUCUUCCUCUGCAUGCUGAUCGUGCGCUGCUUCCGAAUCCUGCUGGACCCGUACCGCAGCAUGCCCACCUCCACGUGGGCCGACGGGCUGGACGGCCUCGAGAAGGGACAGUUUGAUAACACACUGGCUUAGAAGACACACACACACACACAUACACACAUGAUGAUGAUGAAGGCAAAUAACCUUUCUGCUGAACAGCCUAAAGUCAUUCACAAACACAUGAUACACUGUGUAGAAGAAAUUCAUCAAGAAUACAGAUAUUCUGCAUUUGAGCAGCUGCACCACAAGCUUGUGAAGAUGAUGAACACACACACACAC